UAUGAUACAAUGCUGAUGGACAAUCUUGAAUUGUCACAUCAGAUGAAGGUGACCCCUUCGACGAGUUACUUAUAUUCAGUACUUGACAAGGGUAAGCAGAGAAUGGUGUUCCUAAAAGAUCGAACUUGCAGCUGUAGAAGGUUUCAGUUGGAUGAGCUGCCAUGUGCACAUGCUUGGGCAGUAUUAAAAUACAAACACAUUGAUCACAUUGAGUAUUGCUCGGUGUACUACACCACGAAGUACCUAUUGAAGACCUAUGAAAUUCCAAUUUAUCCGGUUCCUGAUGGAAGCACAUGGGAAAUUCCUGCAGAAGUUCUAAAUGAAAAAGUCUUGCCACCAGAUGUGACUAAAACAAUAGGAAGGCCAAGAAAGGGGAGGUGCAAGCCAAUAUCUGAAAGGGAACGAAAAAGGUCGAUUAAAUGUGGACAGUGUGGAGAAGAAGGUCACAACAGAAAAACUUGUAGAAAUAAUCCAAAGAGAGGAUGAAAUAUGUCAAAUUUAGAAUUACUUGUUAUUUUACUUUACUGAAUAUCAUAGAGAUUUAGAAGAAUGCAAUAUAUCAAGAACUAUAUCAUUGUAGAAUGUCAUUUGAAUUUUAGAUAUAAAUAAAUAUUUGACCUAUCAUUUA